CACUUGUCUGAGAUGGCACAGGUUCUCCUGCUUGAGCAGGGGGCUGGACUAGAAGGACUCCAAGGUCCCUUCCAACUCUAUUCUAUUCCAAGAAUGAAAAACCAGCGACAUUUUUCAAUAAAUCAGAUUUUAAGUAGAAUUCAUAAACAAUUAUCAUGUUGCAACAGAACAAAAUAGUCUGAAAUUUUAAUAAUUUAUGAACUUAUGUAUGUUUUGGGUCACUGCAGCCAUUAUCAUAAGUUAUAAACAUAUACAUCUAUAGCUAAAUGUGAAAAUUGUAACCAGUGUGAUCAGACAGAUAUGAAGGGUUGCAAUGUCCACCAUUAAAGUUGUUGGAUACAAAUUAGCUACGAUAUUACUAAUUUCACAGGUCUACGGAGAUUCUCAGUGAUCCAGAUUAUAGUUAUCCCACAGUGCUUUUUCACAGAAAACUGGACUUUCCUGUUUUCCUUUGAACCUGUUUUGUUUCUCAACCAAGAAGCUUCUUUAGCUCUGACUGGAUGGUGGGGAAUGGAAGGAUUUAUACUCCUUGCAGACAGCUGGUCAUUUGCAUUCUUAGAGAGCUGCUGAGACCACCUAAUUUUACAGGUCUGUUUGUAACUAUUGUUUUCUUGUUUUCUUUUUAAAAAACAUUUUGUUCCAUGCUUUGGUAAAAGAUAUUACAGUAAUACAUCACUGUUCUGAUGAUUGAUGUGCUUCAAAGCUGAGACAUUCAGCCCCUAAACAGGAGAUAGAACUCAACGUCUUAACAUCAAUGAAAUCCCGACACAGCUCUUGGCGAACUUCCCUGGAGGAAAUCCGACGCCUGGAACAAUCGGAGCCAAUCACAACCGGAGCGCGGCAGCAACGCAGAGCGACUGCAUUGACCCGAAGCGCAUUUACGGCCUUCGCGGAAGUUGCCGGAAGUCUCCAGGUCACGUGAACCUGAUUUGGCUUCGUCCUUCACCCUAUCAGAGGAGAGGGAAGGAGAGGAGGCGGGGAGAAAGAGAAAUAAGGAAGUACCCUUGUCUCGCGACUGUCUUUCGCGGUCCGGUGCUCUUCCUCCUCUCUUCUUUCCCUUCCGUUCGCUCCUAGCUCGGAUGUAAGGAUGGCUCAAGCUUCCCCGGUUCUGGCUCGGCCUUUGGUGUUCCUGCUGGUCCUCGGUUCCACUGCUUGGGUCGGCGCUGAAGCAGGAGCAGCUGGGCUCAGUGGGGAUCGGAAACCCAAUGUAGUGCUGAUUCUGACAGACGACCAGGACGUCUACCUUGGGGGAAUGACACCUUUGAAAAAGACCAAUGCUCUUAUUGCAGAAAUGGGUGUAACUUUCUCAAAUGCAUAUGUACCCAGUGCACUAUGCUGUCCUAGUAGAGCCAGCAUCUUGACAGGAAAAUAUCCACAUAAUCAUCAUGUUGUAAAUAAUACUUUGGAAGGAAAUUGCAGCAGCAAAUCCUGGCAGAAGAUUCAGGAGCCAUAUACCUUUCCAGUUCUACUCAAGUCUGAGUGUGGCUAUCAAACAUUUUUUGCUGGAAAAUACUUGAAUGAGUAUGGAGCAGAAGAUGCAGGAGGACUUGGCCAUGUUCCUCCUGGAUGGAGUUUUUGGUAUGCCUUGGAAAAAAACUCUAAAUAUUAUAACUACACACUUUCAGUAAAUGGAAAAGCACGCAAGCAUGGUGCGAACUACAGCAUGGAUUACCUGACAGAUGUAUUGGCUAAUAUGUCCUUGGAUUUUCUGGAAUAUAAAUCCAGCUUUGAGCCAUUUUUCAUGAUGAUAGCAACUCCAGCACCGCAUUCACCUUGGAUAGCUGCUCCACAGUAUAAGAAGAAUUUUGAGAAUGUCAGUGCUCCAAGAAAUAAUAACUUCAAUAUCCAUGGAAAGGAUAAACAUUGGCUUAUCAGACAAGCAAAGACUCCAAUGACUAAUUCAUCAGUACAAUUUCUAGAUGAUGCUUUUAGGAAAAGAUGGCGGACACUUCUGUCAGUGGAUGAUCUAAUAGAAAAACUUGUGAAGAAGCUGCAGUUUCAGAGAGAGCUGGAUAAUACAUAUAUUUUUUACACAUCAGACAAUGGAUUUCAUACAGGCCAGUUUUCUUUGCCUAUUGACAAACGGCAGCUGUAUGAAUUUGAUAUUAAAGUUCCAUUGCUUGUUCGAGGUCCAGGAAUAAAACCCAACCAGAUAAACAAGAUAUCCAAUAAUGUUCUCCUAAUAUAAUGCUUCCGGAAGUGUUGCUGGACUAAAUGUCUUUCUUCCCACAAAGCAGCAUGCCACUCUGUCUGUAGGUCAUGACCUUCUAGUGCUAAUAAUUUUGUAUUUUUGAGAUGCAUCCACUCACUUAGCCAGACCAACGCCACUGCCUGAUAAUACUUUGUCCAGUCUGGUAGGCCAAAUCCUCCUCUUUCUCUAGCGUCUUGUAAUAGUUUUAAUCUGAUUCUCGGUCGUUUCCCUUGCCAUAUGAAUUUUGAAAUGAGUCUAUCCAAAUUUGUAAAAAAUCCUUUUUAAGCCGAAUUGGUAUGCAUUGAAACAGAAACAACAUUUUCAGAAGAACAUUCAUUUUAAUGGUGGGUAUCCUACCCAUUAAAGAUAUCUGUAGUUUCUCCCAAUUUCCCAAAUCAGACCUAAUUUGCACCAUUAAUUUAUCAUAAUUGUCUUCUUUCAGAGUGAUGCAUCUCGCUGUCAAUUGGAUUCCCAAAUAUCUUAUUUUUUUCGUAGUCUGCAUAUUUAGCCUUCCCUCCAAUUCUUUUUUUUGCUCUUCAGUCAUAUUUUUAACUAUCAUUUUUGUUUUAUCCUUAUUUAUUUUCAGGCCUGCUACUUCUCCAUAGUCUUCCAGCACUUCCAUCAGCCUAAGACCAGAUUGUACAGGCUCUUCAAUAAUAAAUACAAGGUCGUCCGCAAAUGCCUGUACCUUAAAACUUUCUUUUCUUACUUUUAAACCUUUAAUUUGUUUGUCUUCUCAAAUUGUUCUAAGUAAAACCUCUAAUGAUAAGAUAAAAAGCAGUGGAGAUAGCGGACAGCUUUGUCUAGUGCCUUUUUGAAUUAAAAAGUUCUUUGUCAUUUCCCCAUUUAUCACCACUCUAGCUUCUUGUCUGGAAUAAAUUGUUUGGAACAUCUUUAUAAAUUUUUCCCCAAAAUCCAUAUAUUUUAAUUGUUCUAGUAUGAAGUCCCAUUUGAUGUUGUCAAAUGCUUUUUGCGCAUCAAUGAAUAUCAACGCCAUCUGUUUUUCAUUAUGAGCUUCAUAAUAUUCUAUCGUAUCCAAAAUAAUCCUAAUGUUAUUCCUUAUAUGCCGUCCGGGAAGAAAGCCGUUUUGGUCAGUAUGAAUAAAAUUCUCUAAAAUUUUCUUUAGUCUAUCUGCCAUAAUUGUCAUGAAUAUUUAGUAGGGAUAUCAGCCUAUAGUUUUUAAUAUAAGUCAAAUCAGAAUUUUCUUUGGGAAUCAAUGUGAUUGUUGCUUCUUUCCACGAUUCAGGUAUCUUGGCUUUAUUCAGUACAUCAUUGUACACCUCUAAUAGCAGUGGGCUUAAUAUUUCCUGAUGGUUUUUAUAGAUUUCUGAAGGUAAAUCAUCUGGACCUGGUGUUUUGUUACUUUUUUGCUUUUUAAUUGCCUCAGAUAUCUCCCUUGCUGUUAUCUCAUUAUUUAAUAAUUUUUUCUCCGAGAUUCUGGGCAAGUCUGUUUUUUGAAGGUAUUGCACCAUCUUGCCUUCUUCUACUUUCUCCUUAUCCUCAUAAAGGUUUUAAAGAACUCAUACGCUACCUUCCUCUUUUCCUCAUUUUGGUAAAUUAACUCUCCUUCUUCAUUAUAUAAUUUGCUAAUCUGGUUCUUUUCUUUCCGUUUCCUUAGUCUAUAAGCCAGCCAUCUUCCCAGCUUAUUUGCAUUUUUAAAAAAAUUUUGUUUAAUGCUUUUAAUUUGUUGUGCCAUAUUUUCCUUUUCAAUGAUAUUUAGUUCAUGUUUAAUAAUAUCUAUUUGAUGUUUCAGUUCCCGUUGUAUGGGUUCUUCCUGCAACUCCCUUUCCAGUUUACUAAGAUCUUCCACUUAAGUUUUUUUGCCGUUGUCUUUUUUGUUUGUUGUCUUUGGCCAUAUAUGAUAUUUCAAUACCCCUCAUAAAGGCUUUUGCCGUGUCUCACAGAUUCUGGUUAUUCGUGUCUUCUUUCUUGUUAUUUUGAAAAAACAAGCUCAUUUGAUCAUCCAUCUUUAAUUUAAAUUCAUUUUGGUUCAAAAUUGCUCUUUUUAGGGUCCAUCUCCUUAUCUUUUUUUGCCCUUUCCAUUUAAUUUUAAUGGGAUUAUGAUCUGCCCACGAAUUUAUGUCAAUAUUAACUUUCUCAAUUCCCAAAUUCACUUCUGUCAAUGCCCAAACUAUAUCAAUUCAAGAGCAAGAUUGAUGUCUACCUGAAUAAUAAGUAUAUUGUUUUUUAUCUCCAUUUCUUUCCCUCCAACAAUCCUUUAUAUUUAAUUCUUCCACCAUCUCAAAAAAUGAAUUAAGUAAUAUCCUUCUAACACCUUUCUUUCGUCUGUUAUUUCUAUAAUCUAGUUUUCUGUUUACAAUCGCAUUAAAAUCCCCAACUAUACACAGAUUAUCACAUUCUAAGUCUCUAAUCAUGUUAUACAAUUUCUUAUAAAAUAGUUUUUGACCCUCGUUAGGUGCAUAUAUUCCAACUAACAUCAUUUUUUUGCCAUCCACUGUGGGAUUAAUUGCACAAAUAUACCCAUAGAAAUGCUCCCACAGGGUCCUUGAGAUAACAAACGGACUGCUCCAGACACAGGAUACAUUCAUCAGCCAUUUGGACAGAGUCUGAUAAGAACACCUGUGUAGCCUUGCAUCUAGAGAGUGUCUGUUAUGCGAUACAUUGUA